AAGGGAUCGUUUUUGAAACUUGCCAUUCUCUUGGAACUCCUCCUUUCUGGCCGAUAUUAUCCAAAACCUCGUUCCAAUUUCUCUCACAGGAACACAAGAAGUGUAGCAGAAAAACCCAGCAAACCCUGGCAAUGGCAGUGACGGCAAGUUCAGAAAUCCACAGGUUUCCCCAAUACAAAUACGUCGACGCUGUUCGUUGGCUUCCACCACUAUCCGCAUUCGAUCGAUUCGCGGUUUUGGCUCUAUUCGACUUCGAUUCCGAUGUUUCUUCCAUCGAAAUCCACUCUUUCAAAUCGAACCCACUUUCCUUGGAACCCCAAUCUUCAUGGGUCUCACCUUCCCGCGUUUCCUCUCUUAAAACCUCGCAGUUCCUUCAGAAAACCAUAAUCGUGGCUUCAACUUCCUCUGGCUCCCUCCACUUCCUCUUCUCCGAUUCCACCGACGCGUUGCUAGAAUCGGAGGUUUCGGUGCCCGAGGGUGCUCUGCACUCGGUGCCCGCUUCUUGUGUUGAUCUAAUGGACGGUGGCGUGGAGUGUGUGACCGUUGGGGAAGAUGGGAGGGUCAAUUUGGUCACUGUCGGAAAUUCCAACUUGAAUUAUCGGAGGUUGUUUGAUAGCGGGGGGUUAGUGUCGUACACGUCGGCGAAGUGGGCGUCGCCGAUGGAGUUUGCCACCGGUGGAUAUGGUUUCAGUCUUCAAUGGUGGGACCAGAGAAAACCGGGAGGACCGGUUUCCCAGUUUAAGGGUAACUGGGAUAAAAAAUUGACUUCUGGGAUUGUGCAUUCUAUUGACAUUCAUCCAUCACGAAAGCACACUUGCCUUGCUGGUGGCUCCUUAGGUACUGUUUUUGCAUGGGAUCUUAGGUGGCAACAACAACCGAUUAUACUUUCGGGAGCAGCAGCUGGGGUUGGCAACAGUGUAGUGCAGUCAAUAUCUGAAAGUGAGGUUUGGGAGGUUCAGUAUGAUCGCUGCAUAAAAUCAAACUCCUCAUCUACCCGGAUCUUACCUUCUAUGAUCUGCUCAGAGGAUGGAAUUCUCGCGGUGAUUGAACAAGGGGAGGAACCCAUUGAACUGCUGGCAGAACCUUGUGCCAUCAAUAGCUUUGAUAUUGAUCGACAUAAUCCAUCGGAUGUGAUAUGUAGUUUUGAGUGGGAAGCAGUAGCUAUAUUGACAAGACAAUAACCUUCAGAGUUCUAACCUUUGGUGGCUUGAAGUUCAGAAAGGGAUAACAUUUUGUUACUGAUGGAAGGAGUAGAGCUUUUUACGGACCAUUUAUGCUUAUCUAUUCGGCAAUGAUCUAUUCCUUUUGUAAAGCCAUUUGUGCAAAUGGAUUUUGGGAUUGUACAAUUUGCAGCGUGUGUGAAGGUGACUUAAAGGGGUACAUUGGAUCAAUACUAUCACUUGUUUUACCUAUACAUUCCUUGACAGUUAUUGAUGCUAGGAUAGGAUCUCCAUCCUGGAUGUCAUUGUAUCUAUCAACUAUUUGAUUCCUACGCUGAUUUAACCUGAUCACCGGAAGCAACAGAGUUGAUAUUGCAUGCCAUAG